AUGCGGAGUAUAGAUCGGGUGCUUGAAAUGAGCGCAUCAGGAACACAGAAAGAGGCAUUGUUGGAGUGGCUUCAUGAAAAAGCAGAGGCAAAUUUGAUGGAAAACACCAAAUACAGGACGGGCCGCCUUCCCUCACUACCGGAUCUGGUGAUUACGAAGCACCCUACUGAUGUCACAGAUUUGAAAUUGCUCCCACCGUUGGGUAAGAAAGAUCAUGUACGCACGAGAAUUACAUUCUGCAUGUGGCAUCCGAAAGCUACCACUAAAAUGGUUAGAAACUUUGGAGCCAUGAACGUAGAUCUCCUACAUAGCAGAGCGGCUCAACUAGCCUAUGACGACGGAGUAACCAGUAUCGAAGGGCUAUGGGGAGUAAUUAAGAAAUCACUGCACAUGCUCCAAGGCAAAUUCGCGCCGUUGAAACCCAGACGACAACUAACCAAACCGAUUUGGUGGCGAGCGGCGAUAGACAAGGCUAUCAAGCGUGGAAACCGAAGUUGGCGCUUGUACAAAAUUUGUGGGAGCCACCUAGGUUGGACGCGCUACACAGCCCUCAGGAACGCAGCGGUCGGCGUGAUGUGA